AUGGGCGAUUUCAAGGUCAUCAUCAUUGGUGGCGGAUUGGCCGGCCUGUUGCUAGCAAAUGGCCUUCUCAACAACGGUGUGGAUUUUCGUAUCUAUGAACGUGAUACGAGGGAGCUAAGACGUGAAGGCUACCAAAUCCGUCUUGGAGAUCCGGCGAUCAAGGGAUUCAGCGCAUGUCUUGACGAUGGGCUCUUCCGUGAAAUUUUGCGCAGGUUUGGGCAGUCCUCUUCGGCAUCUUCCACAGCUCCAAGCCUUUACACUUCCCAAUUUCUAGAGAUCUUGGAUCUUACUAGCCUACCAACUUAUUCGAAGUCUUCUGCAAUCAACCGGGAGGUUCUCAGAUCUUCUUUGGCCAAACCCAUUGACGCUGCAGGUCAUGUCCAAUUCGGUGCAAAAUUUACUCAUUACGAGAUCAUCAAGGUAGGGGGAUACGAACGAGUCAGGGUGCACUUCACCGAUGGAUCAUCGGAUGAUGGCGAUAUCUUAAUAGGGGCUGAUGGCAGUGGUUCGACGGUCAACGAAUGCGUUGGCUUGAGGAACCUUGUUCCGCUGGAUACCCAUUGGUGUUUCCUUGAUAAAGGAAGCUUGCCCUACGACCGACUUCGAAAAUUGCCUGCCCAACUUCUAAAAGGUCCGAUAAUUGUCUUCUCCAAGGGCGCCUCUUUUUUUUUCGCUUCAAAGCAUGAUUCAGAAACAAAUGGUAUUUCUGACAUUGAAUACGACGAAAAUGAAGCAUCUUUCUAUUGGGGACUGAACAUCCCGAAAGCUUCGGUGAGCGAAUAUGAGCACUACUCUGAGAUCAAAAACCGUCGCCGGUUCUGCCUAGACUACAUAAAAGGCUGGGCACCAGAAUUCCACAGAAUGAUAUCUAUUGGGUUUGAGGACGUGAAUUCCCCUGACGUCUAUGUAGCCCCGCUGCGGGCUAGCAAAAGACCAUCCAGGACCUGGCGGGCCAAAGCGCAACGAGAUCAGUGCGGCAACCAGGGAAGCGGUCAUCCACGCGUCUGGCUUCUCGGUGACGCCAUUCAUGCAAUGCAGCCUAAUAGGGGCAUGGGUGGUAAUCAGGCGUUGAAUGACUGUGCCGAGAUAUUGCCGUAUAUACUGGAGCUGGACAACAUCGCCAAGUCUGGAGAACCACCGUCGACCCAACAAGUGGAAUCGGCCUGUCGCUGCUAUGAGAAUGACAAUCAAUUUAGAUGGUACUCUUGGGAUAAUAAUUUGGAUUCUUGGGAGAAUCCUGAUUCCGCUUGUGUCAUUUAUGUACAAGAGACAGAACUUAUGAUGUGUAAAGUUCACUAG